GGUCGGUGGGGCGAAUCUCUCAUCCUGGACUUUUUAAUUUCUCAGGGGGAAUGAGUGACGGUGGACAGAGGCCUUUGGCGGCGCUGUCUGUAGGCUGCCUGGCCUGGGGGCGCUGGACGCGGAGACCAUGGAGCCGGCCAUACAACUCUCCUUCCAGUCGGGGGACAAAAAGCCGAGGCGCCGCGUCUCCUUUAAUCGCGGUGGGCGGGGCGAGGCGAAGCGACCCGCGUUGCUAUUGGCGGCGGUUGGGGGCGCGGAAACUGAACGGGACGCAACUGCAGCCGCUGCUUCCUCGGGCUCGUCUGGCGCCUUGGGCGCCCCUGGCCCCGCCAUGGCCGCGCCCUGCCUGGAGGACCCCUCGCUGGAGAGGCAUUUUAAGGGCCACCGGGAUGCAGUUACCUGUGUGGACUUCAGUCUCAACAUGAAGCAGCUGGCCAGUGGCUCCAUGGACUCAUGCCUCAUGGUGUGGCACAUGAAGCCCCAGUCACGUGCCUACCGCUUUGCCGGCCACAAGGACACCGUCACCUGUGUGAACUUCUCCCCUUCGGGACACCUGCUUGCCUCGGGCUCCCGCGACAAGACUGUCCGCAUCUGGGUACCCAACGUCAAAGGUGAGUCAACCGUGUUUCGUGCACACACGGCCACAGUGAGGAGCGUCCAUUUCUGCAGCGAUGGCCAGUCCUUCGUGACAGCCUCCGACGACAAGACAGUCAAGGUGUGGUCAACUCAUCGCCAGAAAUUCCUGUUCUCCCUGAGCCAGCACAUCAACUGGGUCCGCUGUGCCAAGUUCUCCCCGGAUGGGCGGCUCAUCGUGUCUGCCAGUGAUGACAAGACUGUCAAGGUGUGGGACAAGACCAGCCGGGAGUGUGUCCACUCGUACUGUGAGCAUGGCAGCUUUGUCACCUACGUGGACUUCCACCCCAGCGGCACGUGCAUCGCCGCCGCCGGCAUGGACAACACGGUGAAGGUGUGGGACGUGCGGACUCACCGGCUCUUGCAGCACUAUCAGUUGCACAGUGCAGCGGUGAAUGCCCUCUCCUUCCACCCGUCGGGAAACUACUUGGUCACGGCCUCCAGCGACUCAACCCUGAAGAUCCUGGACCUCAUGGAGGGCCGGCUGCUCUACACACUCCAUGGACAUCAGGGUCCAGCCACCACUGUUGCCUUUUCAAGAACGGGGGAGUAUUUUGCUUCUGGAGGUUCUGAUGAACAAGUAAUGGUUUGGAAGAGUAACUUUGAUGUCAAUUACGGAGAAGUCCUAAGAGUGCAGAGGCCCCCGGCCACGCUGGCCAGCUCCUCCAGGACUCUGCCAGAAGUGGAUUCCCCCAUCCCACCAGGCAGGGGCAGGAGUCAGGAGUCGAUGCAGAGCCAGCCCCAAGAGCCCGUCAGCAUGCCCCAGACGCUGACCAGCACGCUGGAGCACAUUGUAGGCCAGCUGGACGUCCUCACGCAGACAGUCUCCAUCCUGGAGCAGCGGUUGACACUGACAGAAGACAAGCUGAAGCAGUGUCUGGAGAAUCAGCAGCUAAUCAUGCAGAGAACACCACCAUGAUCAGGGGAGCAAGAAUCAAGAGCUCAGUCGAUUUGGUGGGUGACAGGCUGGAGAUUUGUACUGGGGAACUUAGGUAAAUAAAUAAAGGGGAUUCA